AAUGAGCAUUCCAAGUAAACGAAGCAAUGUUUAAGAAGCACAGGGCUGAAACCACACAAAUGGAAGACCUUGGAUGCCAACCUGAAUGCCAAGGAGCUACGUUUUCCGGAGGAGACAUAUGGAGCUACGGUAGGGUUUUUAAUAGGUAGCGACACAAACAGAUGUAAUUUUACAAAGGUCACUGCAGGCGGGCUUGGAGGCCGGCUGGUAAGGAGGGGAAACACGGAAACCAGCAGGGGCGAUCUUCCAAAAGCCCCCCAAAGGCCUCCAUUCAGGCCUAUGGGCGUGUGUGCACCUAAGGACCGAAGCCGCCAAGAACCCCGGGCCUGAACGCAACAUUUCGAACGUGUAUCACAACUUGGCAGAGGUGGGAAGAUAGGGAGGAAGGGCGCCGAAGCCAGCUUUCAUUGGUUUCUAGGGAAGCCCGGCCGAUGGUUAAGAUCUCGCGAGAGCCUCUAUCCAGGGACCAUUCCCCCACCGAGACUAGCGGAGACGCCCAACCGGCGAAGUUGCAAAGCGGCCUUGUACUUCAUUUCUUAGAUGGGUGAACUGCCCUCGUCUUUUUUGUCCCUGGCCAAUCAGGACAAGGAGUAUGUGGGUUUCGCCGCCCUCCCCAACCAGCUGCACCGCAAGUCCGUCAAGAAGGGCUUUGACUUCACACUCAUGGUGGCAGGGGAGUCAGGCCUGGGAAAAUCCACCCUCAUCAACAGCCUGUUUCUCACCAAUCUCUAUGAGGACCGGCAACUGCCAGAAGCCAGUGCUCGCUUGACACAAACGCUGACCAUUGAGCGCCGGGGCGUGGAGAUCGAGGAGGGGGGUAUUAAGGUGAAGCUGACCCUGGUGGACACACCUGGCUUUGGGGACUCCGUGGAUUGCUCAGACUGCUGGCUGCCUGUGGUGCACUUCAUCGAGGAGCAAUUUGAGCAGUAUCUGAGGGAUGAGAGUGGCCUGAACCGGAAGAACAUUCAGGAUUCCCGUGUCCACUGCUGCCUCUAUUUCAUCUCACCCUUUGGCCGAGGGCUCCGGCCCCUAGAUGUGGCCUUCCUCCGGGCAGUGCACGAAAAGGUCAACAUCAUCCCAGUCAUUGGCAAAGCAGAUGCCCUGAUGCCUAAGGAAACCCAGGCCCUCAAGCAGAAGAUCCGGGACCAGUUGAAAGAGGAGGAGAUCAACAUCUACCAGUUCCCCGACUGUGACUCUGAUGAGGAUGAAGACUUCAAGAGGCAGGAUGCAGAGAUGAAGGAAAGCAUCCCUUUCGCAGUCGUUGGCUCCUGCGAGGUCGUGAGGGACGGUGGGACACGACCCGUGAGGGGACGCCGCUACUCUUGGGGUACCGUGGAGGUGGAGAACCCACAUCACUGCGACUUCCUGAACCUGAGACGGAUGCUGGUGCAAACACACCUGCAGGACCUGAAGGAGGUGACCCACGAUCUGCUCUACGAGGGCUACCGAGCCCGCUGCCUACAGAGCCUGGCCCGGCCUGGGGCUCGUGAUCGAGCCAGCCGUAGUAAGCUCUCCCGCCAGAGCGCCACAGAGAUCCCGCUGCCCAUGCUGCCUCUGGCCGAGACCGAGAAGUUGAUCCGCGAGAAAGAUGAAGAGCUGCGCCGCAUGCAAGAGAUGCUGGAGAAGAUGCAGGCCCAGAUGCAGCAGAGCCAGACUCAGGGAGAGCAGUAGGACGCACUCUGAGGACCCCGCAUCGCCCUCCUUUACCUCGGCUCCGCCUUCAGUCGGCCUCCUAUCCAAUCCUGGAGCCCCAGCCUGAGAGGCCCGCCCCCGCAGGGGGGGCUCACCGGCUAACAGGUUCUCCCAAUCCCAAAUCUGUGGCCCCGCCUCUGGCCCCGCCCCCACCCGGCCCCGCCCCAGCUUCCAGCCCCGCCCCUGGCCCCCACCCCCGCCGCUCUUCACCCAAGCUGUGACUUCAAUAAAAACAGUGUCAGGGGGCGCCUGGGUGGCUCAGUUGGUUAAGCGACUGCCUUCGGCUCAGGUCAUGAUCCCAGGGUCCUGGGAUCGAGUCCUGCAUCGGGCUCCCUGCUCUGCGGGGAGCCUGCUUCUCCCUCUCCCACUCCCCCUGCUUGUGUUCCCUCUCUCGCUGUGUCUCUCUCUGUCAAAUAAAUAAAUAAAAUCUUAAAAACAAACAAACAAACAAAAAA